GGCCAAAAUAAUUUUCAAUGUAACUUAUUUCAUAACUCUCGAAUGACGGUAAGUGUUUCCGAAAGGAAUGGUGUGGACUGUGGUUAGUCAACUCCACCGAGAUGGCGGUGAUGCCCCAUGUGUCGCUUUAAAAAUGACCACAGAAGAAGAACCUACCAAAGAAAGACCGGUGCUUGGACGCCAUCAUGUGGCAGUAUUGUCAGACGCGUUUUAGUGUUUUCAAAGUUGUCAUACAUGGACGCUCCAGUCGGCACCUAAACUCCACAUAAGAGCCCUUCUUUGACUCCAUUCCCAUCCGAGCGUUGAAGGUUUAUUUUUAUUCCUCAGUCAUCUUGAAAAGGUGUACGAACACAUGCUCUUUUUGCUGCGUAAGAUACCAUGCUAGCUAGCUAACACGACAAUUAAGUGCUAGCUUCGGCGUUUUUGUAGUUAGCCAUGGACCCGCUAAGCAUAGUGGAGGAUGAAGUGGCUUUGGAAGGACUGGACGGCAUCACUAUUCCCGCUUUGUGGAUACGACUGGGGGAUAGGAAGCCCAGGUUCCCACUCAAGCUGGACGACAGCACCAAGGAGUUCAUCUGGAGAUCGCUGGUGGCCAACAGUGACUUGACGUUCUACCUGCUUCCCGCCGAGAGGGAUGAUGUGGUACUGUACGACAGGUUUCAGUCUAAUGAAGAGAAUGACGUUGAAGACAAGGAUGUGUACCCGGUGCACAUCAUCCGUGACAACAAGGACGGCUUGCAGGGCUCGUGUGCCACCUUCUGCCAAAGGAGAGAUGUCACGGCGCGCCUCCGCUCCCCGUCGCCAAUCGCCCUGGACGAAUCUUUAAAAAGGUACGGCAGGAAGCUGGUGGCGGUGGCAUCGCAAGGGCGCCGUUUCCUCGCUCUCAUCGGCAGCGAGAGCGACCCUGACGCCAAACUGACGGAUGACUCAUACUGCAUGCUGGAGCGGGUGGGACGGGCACGAUGGCAGGGGGAGAUGCAGAGUGAACUGCACAAGUCCUCUUUCAAGGUGGACUCACGUAAGUUGCACUACAUCAGGAAGCCUCUGAUCCGCCACCGGCUGGUGUGCGCCCAGGCCUGCAGCAGACAGCUCAAGUCGGGACAGGCGCAAAGCUCCAUCCUCCUCUUGCUCAAACGCUUUCACGUCAUCAGGAGGUCCAAGUACGAUUUGCUGAUGGAGGGUGUGUCCAACAUCCUCCAGAAGAUUCCACGCCAGCUGGCCGCAAUGGUCACCAUACGGGAGCACCUGAAUCUGCCGGAGGGGCUUUGCAAGCGUGUGUUUCGGCACAUGCGAGAGGCCAAUUUGGUGGAAUACUGCAGCGUGCCUCUAGAAGACUUGGAUGAGGAGAAAAAACCCGUGCGUACCAGAAAAGGCAAUAAAGUGCAUGUCCGCUGCCUGAAGCUAAUCAAGCCAUACAGAGGCAAGUUCACCACCGCGGCGGACGAGUGGAAGGACGACGAAGACAAUGAGGAGGACGACGAUGACGACGACGAGGAUAGCGACAGGAGGCGAGCUCUGCCCCCUGUGGGCCGGAUCAUGGAGCAGGACGUUUUGUCACAGGCAUACAAGCUGGUUGCAUCGUAUGGCACCAAGGGAAUCCCUCAGUCGGGCAUCGCGUCCAGGAUGAACGUCGGCAAGCUGGAGGCUCGCAUGCUGUGGAGGAAGUUGGAGAGGGACGGCGUCAUCAAGGGCUUCAUGGUGGACGAAGGCCGUCAGAGAGUUACAUAUUUCCUCAGCCACCGGAGCGUGGGUGGGAGUGACGACCUGCAGCUUCUCUCUAAAGAGAAGCAACGCAAAAAGCUUUUCCACUCCUCGGCCUCGCCCGUGUCAACGAGCACACCCAAGGCCUCCUGUCCUACCCCGGCCGCUGGCAAACAACGACAGAAAACCCCCACGAAGAGCAGAGGAGCGAGCGAAGAGGUGGAAGAGGAAGGCGAGGAUGCAAGUUUAGACUCGCCAGAUAAAGUUGGGAAGGAAUCAACUGGAAAGGCCGUAAAGAAGCCGAAGGCGGCCAUCGCAGACGUUGCUCCAAUUCCAGCGGUACCAGACGCAGAGCCUGUUAGCACCUCAGAGCGAGCUUCAGUCGAGGAGAAAGAGGAGGAGGAAGGAUCUUUGCCUCUAUGCCAGGAGGAGGAAGGGACUGCAGUGGACCUUGUAAAGGACAUUGUUGUGGUGAAUGAAGUUGACAACCAGCCCGACACCAGCAACCGCAGGCACCGGGAAACGUACCGCGUGCUCAGGCGGAAAAAUCUCAUCAUUGAGGCCGUGCACAAGCUCAAAGUCAUCGACGGCCUUUACCACCUGCAGAAGCUGAUCAAUGACGAAGAGAAGCUGCAGGGUCUCACCAUCAAGUGCUGCAAGAAGACCACAGCGCGCCUCGUCCAGACUCUGUCCAGAGAAGGACUGCUCAAGAUUUUUACCACCAACGUCAUACAGGAUGGCAUUACCAGGAAGAUGGAGUUGUUCGUUCAUCCGUCUGUCCAGCCCAGUGACGAGUUGGUGAGAGCCAGCAUCGAUCAGGUCCGCUUCAAAAUCACCAGCUCCUGCGCUACAUCGUGCCAGCAGGCAGCGAGCAAAGACAGCCCUCUCAAAGUGGAAAAGCAAGAGACCAGUAAGAGUUUCAAGAGCUUUGCCGAAAUCAAGGAAGAAUACGCAGUCGAGGCCGCAAAGUUCAAGCCCACUGUAGUUCGAGGACUCGGCAAGACUCUUGGUUUCCAGCCCAAGAUGCACCGCCUGCGUGUUUUGCACACCUUCCUCUGGUAUGUCAUCUACGACCACCCAAUGGGGCCAAGACCCCCGUGGCUAGCGACCCCUCAGGACGCUCCUGAGGUUGUCCAAGAGCCACCGGAAAGAAUCGACGACGACAACCUCACCCUGAAGGAUUUGGAUGCGGCAUUGUCCGGGGAAGAGGAUGAAGCCGUGAUGGAAAUUUCCAGUCACUCAAACUGUGAAAUAAAAGUUUACUGCGAGGAGGAUUCAUGGAAGAGGUUCGUCCCGCCCGUUCGCAGGCACUGCGAUCGAGGCAUCGGCUGGGCGAUCGUGGGCGACCUACUCCUGUGCCUGCCACUCUCCUUAUUCGUCCAACUCGUACAGAUCAACUAUCAGGUCGACGGCUUGGAGGAGUAUUUGAACGACCCCGUGAAGCAACACCAUCUGAUUCGUCAGCUGCCCCUGGCAAUACGGAAGCAGCUCUUUUUCCGACGGAAAUACGUGUACCUCUUCUUCGAGAACCUCCAGCGCUUGGUCUGCAUGGGCCUGCUGCAGCUCGGUCCUGUGGAGAAGCUGAAGGAGAAAGACAUGCUGUUUUGUUACCUGAAGCGCCACGCCACCAUUGUAGACACCGUCUACGCCGAACCGCACUACUGGCUGGUGGAGGAACCUCCCGACAAACCCUUUGACAGACGCCGCUACACCUUCAGCAGCACAGACGAUGUCGACACGUACUGGUUCGACCUCAUGUGUGUCUGCCUCAACACGCCUCUGGGGGUGAUUCGCUCCAAGCGAGGCGCCUCUGAGAAUGAGGUGACGCCGUCCUUUGUGAACGAUCGAAGCCUAUUUAUGGCCAUGGCUUCCUUGCUCAAGGGCAGCAACAUCGUGUGUGACGACGGCACCACGCCGGGCGACGGAAAAGGCGCCGGCGGUCUGUCCUCUGAGUUCUUCGCUCAUAUGAAGCGCAACUGGCUGUGGACUAAUCACCUCCUGGCCUGCAAAAGGCGGCCCACCGGGCCCAAUGAUACCAAAGUGCGACUGAAGAGCCUGCUGAGUAAAGAAGCGCUACGGGCUGCGCUGAAAGCCGCGGCUUCGUCACCUCGCUUCUUGACCGCCAAAAAGUCGGUGGUGACGAAAGAAACUGUGGAGGUGGCUGUCGAGCCGUCGUCCAGGAACCAGGAGGUGGUUGGAGGGAAGCAACGGAAGCGGAAGAGACCCAAAAAGGAAGUUGUUGUAAAGGUUCCUCGCAAGAAGAAAAAAGAGCCCAAGAAGCGCACCCCGGCUCACGACGAGGCUGACCACGAAGCCCUGAAAAAGAUGACCAGGCGGCGAGUCAUCUGGACGGUGCAGGAGGACUCUCUGCUCAUGCUGUGCGGUGUGGCCUCGCAUCUGCUCAACAGCAAGUUGCGGAGGACAUUCGUGGCCUACUGCGUGGUGCGAGACCUCCUCCAGGCAGAGUUUCAGAUCUCUGAGGACAAAACGUCACUGGCAGUGGGGCGGCGCACGCGCUACAUCCUCAAGAAUCCUCAAACCUUUCUCAACUACAGGAUCUGCCUAGCUGAAAUCUAUCAGGACAAAGAUCUGCUGAAACAGCUCCAGGACAACAAGCCUGCUGAUCCCAAUAAUGCAGAUGAGUGUGCCAGAGCAUUCAGCGAGUAUGUCAAGCUCCUCCGACAAAAGUUCAGCUCGGCCCUCAACGCCGAUGAUGUGAAAUUGCCCGAAAACAAACAUCAAGUCUUCUCGGAGUUAAAAGUGUUCACGAUACACACCGACAGGCAGAUUCCCUGCAGAGACACCCUGACUCGCACAGCCGAUGUCCAUGCCUUAGUGUUGUUCAACCUCAUCCAGAGUACGCUGGCCAUGACCAACAAUCAGAUGAAGGAGUCCAGAUCCUUUCAGACGUUCCAGAUCUACAGUCAGUACUCGCAGGAGCUUCUGUGCCGGGUGUUCAUUGAGUGCCGUAAACGUCAUCUGGUCAACCAGCGCCGCGUCUGUCGGACCGCGGGGCGCAAGAAGAACCGAGCGCUACCCAUCCUGCCCAUGUCCUUCCAACUCUCGCAGUCCUACUUCAGGUUAUUUUCAUGGCGUUUUCCUCACACGCUUUGCACCGACUCAUUCCGCUUCCUGAAGACUUUGCUAAACAACGGCAGAGGCGACAACAGGUCUUUCGUCUCAUACCACCUGGAGACGGAAAACCGGACAGAAAGCGGCGAGGAAGCAGAAGACAGCCGAACCACCGAUCUGGAACAUUCGGGAAUGAUGCGCUUCCAUCUGGACUCUGUCGGAGGAGCAUGCUUGGUGGCGCUCACCCUGAUGAGUUUAGGACUCCUGUCUGUACAUAUGUCCAUCCCCAAGAAGAUGGUUGUGGUGGACAGCAACCUGGUGGAUAGUGACGUCAGAAGCAUGGUGUCAUUGGAGGAAGAGGACGAUGAGGAUGACGUCGCCAGCGAUGAGUGCCUGAGCAAAAAAAAGUUGCGAGUCAAUGCUCACCAGGCUUCGCACACCAAGUACCUGUUAAUGAAAGGCUAUUGCAUUCCUGGCAUUGUUAAACGCCGGAAUAUGAACACCAGCGACAACAUUGUGGUGGAGUCGUGCGUGCUCAGGAUGCAGAUGAGACAAACCCCGGCAUGCGCCCUGUUGAGUGAUGACGGCGUCUCUCUGGACUUCUCAAAAUCCGGCCCGUCCCUGCUGCCGUCCGUCCUCACCCGCUCCAUCCAGAAAGUUGGGCGCACUCCGGCCCUGUGCUCCAGCUACUCCCCUGAGGACGUGCAGGUGAGCGCCCAGCUGAGGAAGCACCUGGACACAGCAGGCGAAAAGGGGGUAGACCAGGUGGACCUGUUCCGGGAGCUCGCUCAUCUCUGUCGGCCGCAAUCCGGAUGCAGCAGGAGCCUCGAGCAGUACCUGGAGGAUUUACAGAAGGAUGGUCAGGUCCUCAAGGUUGGCGGCUACGGCGUUCGCUGGGUGCUCAUCCAACAUGCCGAUCCCUGGAUCCUCACCGUCAACCCCAGGAAUGGGUCCCAGCUGCAGGCCGCCACAGGUGAAGAUCCCUCCCAACACAACAUUCCCUUCCUGUACAAGAGGCGACGGGUUGAAGGACGGCGGGAUGACAAGAACAAAGAGGAGCCUCCGGCAAAGAAAAUGGCAAGCGAAGAGAGACUCAAGGAAGAGGAGGACAAGGAGGCAGUAUGGACGAUCCCACCAAAAGCCGAGGACCCUGCGGUAAAGGUUUCGAUGGGACGGGAGUGCGCGGAAAUGCAGGAUGAGUGCCAUCCCGCUGAGGACAAAAUGGAGGACGAGGAGGAAGACGGAGGAGCCUCCUUGGCGCAAGAGGCUGACAUUCAUGAGGACAGCGUGAGCUUCGUGGUCCGUCCGUGGCGUCUCGUGGACGGGACUCUCAACCGUCAGGUGUGCAAAGGCAUGCUGGAGGCCGUCCUCCACCACAUCAUGUCCCGUCCGGGCAUCCCUCACCAAAAGCUGCUGUCAUACUACGAGGGUGUGCUGCAGCCCGUCGUCCUUCUGGAGCUGCUCGAGUCGCUUGUAGAACUGGGCUGCGUGGUCAAGAAAACACUGUUCAAAAGACCCAAGCCCACCCUGUUCGGGCCCCCGAUGCCGACGACGGAGGAGCAGCAAGAAUCUGUUUUUUACGAGCCCACGGUCAGCUGCUGCCUCAGACUCGCUCGGGUGCUGCCCAAUGAACGCCACUGGAACUACUGUGGAAAGUAACUUUUAAAAAUUUAUUCUAAUUAAUCCAAAUGGAAUAAAGGCUUCAACCUCAAAAUAUAUAUAUAUAAUAACCAUGGAGCAGCUUUUUAGCAAUGUUCAGUUUUAUUCACACAAAUCACAUUCUCCACGAUGCAUGUGAAGCUGAUGUACAGUAGGACUGUGAUUGAAAAAAAAUCUUUUCAACUUAAUAAAUCACAAAAAUAAAUUACAAACUUGCCUA